AUGGCCAGUAGUAAGAGUACCAAAACCGCGGUGCAAAGCCCAGGAAGCAAGGCCGAAGGCGAGGAAGUGAAGCAGGACAAACCUAAAGCCGGCGCAAAGCCUGAAGAUGAUGUGAGUUUUAUGAGCAUUUUAAGCACGCUUUACUGUUUACGUUUUGUUUAAAUGUAUUAAUUUUUUAGGGCAUUUCUUCAGUAAAAAUGACAUUUUUUAAAAUUUUUAAAAUGAGGACUUUCAACAUUUUUAGAAUCUUGAGGGAAUAAAUCUAAAUUUUCUGUAGUUGGCAAUAUGCUCAAUGUCCUUACCUUCCUUAUGAUAUUUGAAUUCUAACCCAAAACCCAUAAGAUUGUUUGCCAAAGCCGCCUCGUUCAUAACAUAACAGGUGAAUAGAUUACACCUUUUUUUGUUCUCGCAAACAAGAUUUUAUAUUGAUAAAUGUUGCCAAUAUUUUUUAGAUCUUUGUGUGGUAUUAUUAUAUAUUUAUUAACAUUUAAGUUUUACAGUUUUAAAAAUUGUUUUUUUUUUUAUUUCUUUUUCAUAUUUAAUUUUUGCAUCGUGCAAUGAAAUUAAUUGCGUCAAUUUUUGAAAAUUUAAAUUAACUUUCGAAUGACUGUCAAAAAUAUGAAAUUUAGGUAAAGUGUAUAUUGAAAAGUUCAUUAAAUAAUGGCGCAAAAAGAAUUUUAAAAAAUUUUUAUAUUUUGUUAAGUUAUGGCUGGUUUAAAUUUUUUGCACUGUGCAAAAAAAAACCUAAUUGCAUCCUGCGGUCUCUUAUCAUUUUUUAUUUCAAAGUUGAUAUAAAGAAAUACACUUUUUCAACUUUUUUUAUAGUAAUUUAGGAUUUUUUGAUUUUUCAAAUUUAAUUUUUAGUAAAAUUAAAAAUUUUCAUUUUCAGCGCCUAGCCCGUGAUCCACGAACAGCCACAGCGGCCGAAAACGUGACCGACAUUCAUACAGCCUUUGUGAACGGAAUCCACACAUUAUGGCAAGCUCUUCGCAUUUUUUACAAGUUUCUCUGCCUUCUGUACCAAUACCCCAACGCGUCCCACAUUGCCAUUCAAGCCGCGUACAAAAGUCUCAAACUACUGUAUCAAACUGGCCUCUGGGAUCCGCUUCAUCGCGAAAAAGCUGAAGCCGCGGCCGAAGGCAAGGUUGUGGCCAAAUCUCCGAAUGGAUCGCUUCGUGCUGCUACGCCAGAAACGGUGAGGAAAAGCAAGAAACUCAACGAGGUCAAGUAA